AACACACCAUGCUCAGAUGCUUUCUGUCGACUCCAUGAUAACUCCAUUGAGGCGCUCUCAUGUCCGCAUGCAUCACCUGCGUUAGUACAGGAAAGUAAACGGGGUUCUUUUUCAGUCGCUCGUUCUCUAAAGUCGAAUGAUUUUGCUGGGUUCAAGCCUUUACUUUUUCUUCACUAGAGUGUUAUGAUUAGAUUUUUUUGACUAUCGAUCGUCUCCACCGCCACCCUGAAGUUCAUUGUUAUCAUCUUGGCCGCCGGCAUGGUGGCCUUCAUCGGUGCCGUUAUCUGCAUCAUCGCGGCCGUCCACACCGGAACCACCAAGGCGGCACGGCAGCAACCGGCAGCCGACAACCGCUCGCUGUACGUGGCUGGCGCGACGCAGCCCCCCGCUACCAGAGGCUCGGCUGCCAGGGCUGGAACCCUGGGUGCUCUCCACGGUUCUGAAGUGCCCGAAUCCGAGGCACCGACCUUUCACAUCGGACUCGGCGGUCUGGACGGGGUCACUGGACUGACUGGGCACGACCCAGCUGUCAGUCGACUCAUAUGCACCCCGAUUCCCGCAGGGGAGUGCAACCCGCAAAACUUUCAGCAACAAGCGGACGACCCAUUGCCAUACGCGGGAGAGGACUGGGGGUACCUCCGCACCACCGCGGAUGAGCUCCGGCAGACCGUCCUGCAACAGAAGGCGCAAAUACAAACGGACCAGCGGACCAUCAGGGAACUGACAGGCAAACUAUCCGAGUGCGAGAAGGGGGUGAUGAGUCGGGGUGGCGUCGCCGACAGAGGCAGGGGAGCUGUGGGCAUAUGGGGAGGCAAAAGCCCGGCAGAGGGGGCGCACCCGGAGCGGGUCAUGGUGCGGGACAGCCCUGCGUAUGCACCUGACCACGUGCUCACGGUACGGGCUGUGGAUGAGCUCGAGCAGGCCAUCAGUCAACUCAAAGACCGCAUAGAGAGACUGGAGGCAGACAUCAAUUUAUUUCCCCACAACCAGACGGACCUAAACACUUCAGCAGUGGUGGAGGACGGCAGCAAAUCUGGUGGCCCAGAAAGUUUAGUUGGGCACAAAGCUGGUGCAGAAAGACCCUGGAGGAUGGAGGACUUGGAAGGGGCGCUUGAAAGGAAGGUGGAGCUGUUGGAGAAAGAGAGAAAAGCCUUGAGGCUGGAAACAGAAAGACACAGAGAGGAAAUGGACCAGGGAAUCAACAAGCUCCACCAGCGACUCUCAGGGCUGGAGGAAGCUCAUUCCUUUCCAGAGGGCUACAGACUGUCUUUCCCGUCCCGUACAAACUACAUGUACGCUGCGGUGAAACAGUCCAUCCCGAAGUUACGGGCCUUCACCUUCUGUCUGUGGCUUCGGCCCACAGAAGGAGGCAUCGGAACACCCAUCUCCUAUGCUGUUCCUGAGCAACCCAAUGAACUAGUGCUGCUCCAAGGCCUGCAUACGCCCACUGAGCUGCUUAUCAAUGACAAGGUGGCACGAUUACCUCUGAAUAUUUCUAGAGGCAACUGGCAGCACAUCUGUGUGAGCUGGAAUCAGAAAGGAGGAAAGUGGCAGGCCUACCAAGGGGGAAAGCUGAGGGGAGAAGGCCAUGGACUGGCAGCUGGUCAUGACGUUAGACCCGGGGGUGUGUUAAUCCUGGGUCAAGAGCAGGAUUCCCUGGGAGGAGGCUUUGAUUCAACUCAAGCUUUAGUUGGGGAGUUGUCCCAGAUGGGUCUUUGGAACCGGGUCCUCUCUGCUGACCAGGUGGCCAGCUUGGCUCGUUGUGGAAUGCUGACCCAGGACAGUGUGGCUCCUUGGAUUGAGCGUGGAGUGGAGGUUUAUGGUGGAGCCACCAAGUACCCCGGGGAGCCUUGUAGUAAACACAGCCGGAUCUCUAAGUGACAGAUGGCGCAUUUGAGGAAAAGGAUUGUGUCAGGGAGAGGGAACGUUUCAGCUUUUUUAAACAAAAAGUUAGCAUUCCAUCUGGUUCAUAUUGGUACUAGAAAUGGUUUUAAACAAUUCUCUGUGGGACUGACCUGAUGAAUGUUUGAAAAAGCAAUUAGGCUUUGCAGUUUCACUAUAUGGCCAAAAGAUUAGGACACAUACAGGAAGUGAAAAUGGAAGAAAAUACACGGUUGUUCUCCACUUUGCAAAUAAUCUGGGAAGACUUCAAGCUUUUGGUGUGUCUUUAAGGAUAUUGUUAUAAACGUAAGACCAAAAUACAACCUUAAUGACCAUAUCAGAACCAUUUCUUCAAAAUGUACUGAUGCAAACAAAGAUUGUCCCAAUUUUCUCAAUAAGAGGAAGGAUAAAGAUUUCAGGUGAGUUUCUAAGAGUCUGAGCUCUUGAGCUUCACAAAGUGCAAUCACCAAGUGUAGUCUGUUUCGGAGAACUGCACCAUACAAGAUGUGAGUUGUCAUGAGAUAUUUGGAAAAAUAAACAUUUUAUUUCAUGUAGAGUAAGCUGAUGGAAACCAGCAAUCUAAAUGCAACUUGUAAUAUUUUACUAUUAAUUAACGACAGAGCCAUUUACGUCGUGAUUUGAGAACUAAGAGAUAUUGUUAGUCAAGGUGAGAUGAUGCAAAAUGUUACAAAGAUGGGUAGGACUAUCAAGAAGCUGAUGGCAGCAAGGUGAUGAAAGACAAGGAAAAGCAAAGAGUACUAUAAAACAUUUAUCUCUUAGACUGUGUAAUAUGGAACAUUCCGACCUGCAUGUUAUAUUCAUACCUGUAAUGUCUUGCCUGUGCAAUGUGUCCAUUUUGAGCUUCACAAAUAAGCACAGUGCCUACCGAAUCAUCCAAGCUUGUGGUUGGAUCCUGGCUCUUUAGAUUGCCGAAUAAUAAUGCUACUCUUUCUUUACAGUAUGACCAGCACACACAUUUUUCUUCUGUCCUAACCCUAAAAAAAAAACAUGUCAAUGUGCACACUGAUCAUAGAUGUAUUUGAAUAUUUCCAUUUGUUGAACCAAAACAUAUAUACAGUUUAUCAAUGGCUGAGUGUCAAUAAUACAUUUUCAGUAAAUUUAUAUUACUUUUGUGAAAAUCAAGUUACUUCACUGACAAUUGAGAAUUCUCUUUAAAAUUUUGUCCAUGUGUGUAUAGACUGCUAACAAUCACUAACCAAAAUAUUGAGUAACAUUGCAGACACAGCCUAACAGAUAGAAUGUCUGACUACUGCACUGAAAAGAAAAAAAAUAAAGAAAAAAACUAAACAUAAAAAAAAAGAGUCAUUUGAAGUUACUUAGUUUGAACAUGUUCAUCAGUUGCAUAUGAUUAAAAUGACUUUUUAUUUAGGAGAAGAAGGGUAAAUUGUUAUUUUAACACAUUUUAAUCGUGCAACUGAUGUACAUGUUCAAAUUAAGUAAAUUCAAAGGACUCUUUUUUUCAGUGUGGGUUAGUUUGCUAUGUAGCAUACUUACUUUAACAUUAUGUUGAUAAUUCUAAUAUUAAUCGAAUGUGUAAAAGUAUGAAGGUCAAAUACAGAACAUUACAAGCAACAAUUAGAUUAAACUGUAUUUACAGUCAAAAUGAAUUUGGAUUUAGGCGAUUGGAGACCGAAGAAAAGUAUGUUAAAUAGACAAAUACAUUUCAGCAUUCCACGAGCAUACAGUUGCUGUCCAAUGAAAAUCAUGUACUGCUUAUCCAAAUUCUGUGUUUUUCGAUUCCAUUCCAACUGUGACAACUGAGUAAUGUGGCAGGAUAAAACUGACAAACUUCAGGUUCUUGUCAUCUUCCUACAUUCCAUGCAUGGGGCCUUGUUAAGGUUUAUUUCACGUCUGGUUGAAUCCAAAAUAUUGUCCAAAAACAUUAAAAAAAACAAAAAAAAAACUAACAAGUUUUGUGAGAAAUGACGGAAUGACAGUAUAAAUACUUGCUGUCAACUACAGAUAAAAAUAUUAUAAGUAUUUCCCACACCUGUGUUAAAACAUGUUAUGUAUCAUUCUGAUGCAAAAUUAAAACUGUAUUUUGUUCAUGUUCAAGUGAUUUGUCCCUGCAGAACGUUUAUGCGAUACAAAAUUUGAGAAGAGAAAUAUACAUGCCAAAUCAUCUUGUGCCUAAUAUUGUCUAUAUGGAUGUGUUCCAAUGUGCAAUGUUGACAAGACUGAUGUUUUUGUGGUUAAUGUACUAUACUGUAUGUCGUGGCUUUUUGGGAAAUUUUAAUAGUGUUAUGGCAUUAUACUGUCCAAGAUUGAUGGUACUGAAAAAUAAACCUGUUAUGUCUUUUAGGGAUGUUUUGUGUUUGCAUUUAUACAAUUGUAUGUCUAAUCUGUUACAUACUGUACAUAAAUACUGAGUAUCUGUCUUGUACUGUGAUGUUUAUUGUCAUUUAUUACAAUUAAAGUCCUUUUCACGGGUUGAA